AAGAUAUCUAGUUGUGUAUAUGUGUAGUUGCUCAGCAGUGGGGACUGGAGCACCAUGGCAGAAGGACAGCACGAGCAGCUGCAGGAGCAGUUUUACAUAGAUCUUCCCAAAGUGGAACUCCACGCUCAUCUUAAUGGAUCCAUAAGUUCUACAACCAUGAAAAAGCUGGUGUCCAAAAAACCACACCUGCAGAUCCAGAAUGGGAUGACUAUGAUUGACAAAGGCCAGAAACGGACUCUAGAAGAAUGUUUUGAAAUGUUUCGGAUAAUUCACCAAGUUACGGACACGGCAGAGGACAUGUUAUUGGUAACAAAAGAUGUUAUCAGAGAGUUUGCAGCUGAUGGUGUCAAAUAUUUAGAAUUAAGAAGCACACCUAGAGAGUCUCCUUCAGGCAUGAACAAAAGAACAUAUGUGGAAACUGUACUUGAAGGGAUCAGACAAUGCAAAGAAGAGGAGUUGGAUAUUGAUGUCCGAUUUUUAUUGGCAAUCGAUAGAAGGGGAGGCUCUACAGUAGCCAAGCAAACGGUCAAACUUGCUGAAGAUUUUUUCAAUUCAUCUAAUGGAUUGGUUCUGGGUUUGGAUCUCAGUGGUGACCCAACUGUGGGGCAUGGGAAGGACUUCAUGGAUCCUCUCAAUGAAGCAAAGCGAUCUGGCCUCAAACUAGCUCUUCAUCUAUCUGAGAUACCCAGUCAACAAGAGGAAACCGCACUUCUGCUUAAUCUCCCCCCCGAUAGAAUCGGACAUGGGACUUUUCUGUGUAACUCACCUGAUCUAGUAGAGAUGGUGAAACAGAAACAAAUUCCUCUUGAGCUCUGUUUGACUUCAAACAUUAAAGGACAGACUGUGCCAUCAUUCGACAAACAUCAUUUUGGGUUCUGGUAUAACUUGGGUCAUCCAUCUGUCCUGUGUACUGAUGACAAAGGCGUUUUUGCCACCGAUCUUUCGCUGGAAUAUCAACUCGCUGCUAAUACAUUCAACUUGACCUCACAACAAGUGUGGGACCUGUCAUAUCAGGCCAUAGAUUAUAUCUUUGCAUCAGAAAGUGAUAAAUCACACUUGAAGGAGAAGUGGAACAUGCUAAAAUCAGACGUAUUUAACCACAUCCUGUGAAUUCCGGACUAAACUGGAGGAAAUAUAGAGCUUGAAUUGUAACAAGAGACUGCAAGAAAAGAUUAACAUUCUAGACCUCAUAUAGAGUAAAUGUUGCAGGAUACGUCAUUAGUCUGUGAGUCGCACAAAUAGUUUUUAUUAUGACUUUUUUAUAAGAUAAUGCAAGUUUUAAAUGGAUUUUAAAUUAUUUCUUCCAUUGAAAAUAAUACAAAUCUUAAGUUACGUUGUGUUUUUUUUGUCAAGUGUAAUAU